ACAACAGAAACUCAUGGUACAAUUGAAGGACGUCAUCCUCAUGAACUCAUCUCUCUUUAUUGGCAGUAUGGCUCAAAUCACUGAAUCACCUAUCAUUGCCAUUCCCUACCCAUUAGCAUAUAUAGGUUGUGCCUUCCUCCUGGUUCAAUCAUCAGAAGUGUUGGAAUAUGGAGAGAGAGAACACUUUCUCACUCACAUUUCCUCUUCUUGUCUUCUUUGUUAUCCUGCACUCUUGCUGGUUUUAUCAAGUCGUUGGUAAUGGUACUCCAGCAACUACCCCGAUCAACAGGGAAACACUCGAAAUCGUUAUAGGGGUUGGCAGUCCUCCCUAUUCCCCUGCCUACCCUCCUGACAAUGGAGAAUGCCAAGAUUGCCCACAGCCUCCAAUGCAGCCCCCCUGCCCUCCACCCCCGUCGCCACCGCCCCCUCCUCCCUGUCCACCCCCGCCCCCUCCAUUUACUCUUUCCGAGGAACUAAAAAUGGCCAUCCAAGUAAUCCAAAGGUUCAAAAGGAGAAUAAAGUGCGACCCUUUUGGCGUCACCAAAACCUGGACGGGCAACCGCAUUUGUUACGACAAAUCCAAAUACAAAGGCUUCGUGUGCGACAGAAGCACCAAAGAUAACAAGUUUAGAGUCGUUGGCGUCAAUUUCAAUGGCUUCAACUUUAACGGCGGACCUGGCUGUCCACUCGUUGCAACAGACUUCGUUGAAGAUCUCAAGGACCUGGUAAUCUUCCAUGUCAACUCCAACAACUUCACAGGUGGCAUUCCCUUUGGAAUAUCCAAACUUCCAAACUUCUUCGAGUUCGACCUGAGCAACAACAAGCUCGUAGGAGCUUUCCCCGCAGCAGCCCUAGGGGCAACCAACUUGACAUACCUGGACGUCAGGUUCAACCAGUUAACAGGGACAAUCCCGCCUCAGGCCUUCACACUAGACCUGGACGUGCUCUUCCUCAACAACAACGCAUUCUCCGGAAAAAUCCCCCACAAUCUUGGCCAAACCCCUGUACUCUAUCUCACCUUUGCAAACAACGAAUUAACCGGCCCAAUCCCCAAGAGCAUUGGCCAAACUUCCAGAAAUCUCCUCGAGGUUCUUUUCUUAAACAACAGUCUCUCCGGUUGCCUACCUUAUGAGAUUGGGUUUCUGAAUAAAACACAUAUUGUGGAUGUCAGCAUAAACCAAUUGACAGGUCCCAUUCCACAAUCAUUCGGGUGCUUGAAAGAUAUUCAGCAGCUGAACUUGUCGUACAACCAAUUCUACGGGGCGGUUCCAGAGAGCUUGUGCAUCCUGGGCGACCUGGAGGUACUGGACCUCAAGUUCAAUUAUUUCACUCAAGUCGGACCAGAAUGCUGGAAGUUAAUCGAGAAGAAAGUCCUGAACGUAACCAUGAAUUGCAUUCUAGACCUUCCUUCGCAAAGAAGCCCCGAGGAAUGCGAGGCUUUCUUCUCAAGGCGCUGGACCUGCCCGGACCCGAAAUGGCUCAACUACGUGCCUUGCGGCAUUUAUGUUUCUAAGGGCACACCACAGACAUCCGAUCAUGUGCCCAAGCGGGCAAGGCCUCCAUCGCCGACAUAUGCUGCUUUAAAAGAGCCAGGCUCGUGAAUUUCGGUGUCGGCAGCCAGCCGCCUAAGUGCCUACCCCAUCAUUACGCCGUAAUAUUAAGUCUAUGUAUGUAUUUUGUUGUCAGAAGCUGGAGGAGAAAAUCUUCCUCUGUCCGCGAAAUACUCCCUCCGUCCCACUUUGAUAGUCCUGUUUUCCUUUUUCGUCUGUCCCAAAUUAUAGUCCACUUUCCAAU